CUCACACACACAUUCGAGGCGUCGUCGCCGUCUCUGCGCGCGGGCGAAGAGCAUGAAUGAUUUAAAAUUCCUCUCUUGAAUGGAAAGAAAGGAUGUAGCGUCGCGUCGCGCGUUUGCUUGCGUCCAGAGUGCUAAUACAACCAUAAUCUGUGUGUCUGGCUGGCUGAAGUCCGGCCCGAAGAAGAACGACGUCGCCUCGCCUCGCCAGUCUGGUCGUGAGCUACAAAUCAAGCGGUAUCGUGUGUGACUGUCUCCGCGCGUCGUCAUCGUGAAGGAAAAAAGUGAUCCACCACCACCGCAGAAGUUUGUGGGAAAGAAGAAGCUUGAAACGUCGGGCGCUGUUUUCGGGAUUUUCUCGAUCGGGCUCGAUAGCAUUCCGGGAUAAAGUGAUAUACCUGUUCAUAGUUAGUUAGUGAGCUUGGAUAGAUUUCCACGUGUGUGAUAUAUCGGUAGUGAGGCGGGUCCGGAGCGGGAUUAGUGCGCACAUACUCCCGGCAUAGAAGAGCAGCAGAGCAGAAUUCAUACAGCAGAGUGUGGUUUCUACAAAGUGUGUGCAAGCAACAGGAUUAUGAAAAUAUGAGUGCAUCGACGCCAACGCAACCAUCUGGGCCGCCGGUUCCACCGGUGAAGCCAAUCCUCUCGUCACCCGGUGCCUACAUGGCAAACUUCCAAUCGCCCGGCAACGGAGGCCCGGGAAGCGUUGUUGGGGCAGCAGCGGCACCGGGCUCGACCGGAGCCAGCCCAGUGGCACCGAUUACCGCCGGUAUUCACAGUAGCAACAAAACGCACGAAAAGCCAACGAUAGCGGCCCGGCCCAUUCCACCUCCAACGCUGCCAAAAUACUCGUCCUCGUUCAACAAGAUCGAUCGGGACCGGAACGAGUUCACCAAGAUUGACAAGGCGGAGCGAGAAAAGCUCCAGUCAAAGCGUGAAAUGUUCUUCAAAUCGGAGAGCAACAGUCCGUCUGGGCCGCCCCCGAAUCCUCCGGUGUUAGGCAAUCUCAACCUGGCAAACAAUAACGUAGUGAAUAACAGCUCAUCGCAUCUAAACAGUGCCGGCAGCGAUAAGCAUUCACUAAACUCGCACACCACUAACAGCUCCCUCGGAUCUAACGUCACUAACAUGAACAACAACAACAACAACAAUAACAAUCACAACAGCGUCACAAGCAAUGGCAACGGCGUCAAUGGGCUGGCCAACAGUUUAACCAAUAUUUCGUUGAAAGAGAAACGCGAUGCGAUCAUGCAUGCCAACAACCACCACGACGUGCUGCUGCAGAACAACGGCCACCACCAUUCCUCCGAUUCGAACAAAAUCCUGAACGAGCGGCACGAGAAGGAAAAACCGGUGGUCAAAUCGAAACCCAAGGAGCUGGAUGGGUACGUUGGGUUCGCGAAUCUGCCCAACCAGGUGUACCGGAAGGCGGUGAAAAAGGGCUUCGAGUUCACGCUGAUGGUUGUGGGCGAAGCCGGUCUGGGAAAAUCGACGCUAAUCAAUUCGCUAUUCCUAUCGGAUGUGUACCAUCCGGAGCAGCAUCCGGGUCCAUCGAAGCGGAUCAAGAAAACGGUGACAGUGGAAAGCACGAAAGUAUUACUAAAGGAAAACGGCGUCAAUCUAACGCUGACGGUCGUGGACACCCCCGGUUUCGGUACGGCCGUCGAUAACAGUAACUGUUGGGUCCCCAUCGUGGAGUUUGUCGAGAACAAGUACGAGGAGUAUCUGACGGCGGAAUCGCGCGUCCACCGGAUGGCCAUUCCGGACUCGCGGGUGCACGUGUGCCUGUACUUCAUUGCACCAUCGGGGCACGGGUUGAAACCGCUCGAUAUCGAGUUCAUGCAGCGGCUGUGCGACAAGGUCAACAUCAUUCCGGUCAUUUCCAAAGCGGACACGCUGACCCCGGAGGAGAUUACACACUUUAAGAAGCAGAUUCUCAACGAAAUCGCCCAGCACAAGAUCAAGAUCUACGACUUCCCGGACCCAUCGGACGAGGAGGAGGACGCCAAAACGCUCCGGCAGCUGCGGAGUCGGGUGCCGUUCGCCGUGGUCGGUGCUAAUGCCAUCAUCGAAAUCGAUGGCCGCAAGAUCCGUGGUCGCCGGUACCCGUGGGGUGUGGUAGAAGUCGAAAGCCUAGACCACUGUGAUUUCAUUGCGCUGCGGAAUAUGGUUAUCCGGACGCACCUGCAGGACCUUAAGGAUGUCACCAACAACGUUCACUACGAAAACUAUCGCUGUCGAAAGCUCGCUGGUUUGGGUAACGACGGAAAGACCAAACUGAGCAACAACUUAUGCAAUAUUGGAUCGGUUAAUGCAAACUCAUUCGGUACCGGAUGGAACCCCCUGGCCCAGAUGGAGGAGGAAAAACGCGAACACGAAUCCAAGAUGAAGAAAAUGGAAGCCGAGAUGGAGCAGGUGUUCGAGAUGAAGGUCAAGGAGAAGAAGCAGAAACUGAAGGACUCCGAAGCCGAACUCACCAGAAGGCACGAGGAGAGGAAAAAGGCUUUGGAGCUUCAGAUCCGCGAGUUGGAGGACCGCCGAAAAGCGUUCGAAAUCGAAAAAGCCGAGUGGGAACAACAGAACGGAGUCACGCUCGAAGAGCUCCGGCGUAAGAGUCUCGAGGCGAACAGCAAAGAAACCGUGGACGGUAAAGACAAAGGUAAGAAGAAGAAGGGUCUGUUCUAAUGGCUAACAGAAACCAAAAAUUUGGCGUCUCCGUCGUGUGGUCGUCCCCCUUCGAUCUGUGCCCCCUCGGUAUUCCCCCCUGGCUAGGUGUGUACGUACAUGCACUCACACACAUACAGCCAAACACACAAAUUCGAGUUGUAAGAAACAGUGAAAGAAAGAACGAACGAACCAAAAUGGCGCCCAACCAAUCCACAGACAACCAACCGACCGAGACCACGCACUGACGACCCUCUUCUGCUACCACCGCCUACUAUUACCACUACUACUACUACUACUGCUCUUACCACAAAACACUCAACAAUUGAACGCUCUAGUACUACCAUCCUAGUAUCUACCACAAUUUGCUAGCUAUUACUUCCGCAAAUCAGCUCGCUUCGGUUUUUAUACGAGUAUAUAAAAUGAAAACAAGAGGACAGGAAUGCGCCGUCGUGUGCGUGCGGGGGCGUGCGUGUUUGUAGUUUACACUGUAAGCGAGAUAUCGUCACUUACACACCACAUACAUAUAGAAGAACAACAACCACACCAAUACGAAGAAGGACAGCCACGACACCACGGUUUAUAUUCGAUUCAACAUAUAGAAUCCGUUUCGUGUUACGAGAGAUUUCGACGAAUCCGACCGCGUAAGUAAUGUGCUAGCGUGCGCAACAGGAAAUAGACCCACUCGAGACCCUGGACAGGAGGAACGUAGUAGGUUAUGUAAAUCUAGUACAUAUAGCAUGUAAGACCAGAAUAAAAGUUAAUCUAGUACCGCGCGAAAAAAAAACAAUGAACAAACGGCAUUGCAGUGUUGGUUUGCGCUCCGUUUAAAUCGGUUUAAGUGUAAGUUUUUUUUUUCUUUUCUUUGCGUGAAGAAAGAUGUGAGAAAUUAUGAUAUUCAAUCGCUUUUAGACUAUAGGUUGAAGAAAAGUUUUUUAUUUACUCUACCGUGGCAAGAACAGGUUGAAUGGGUUUUCGUUUUCCAAGGAAAUGCACAGACAGACACGUUCUCAGAUGGACAACACAUUCGCUUUAUGUGCAGAAACCGAAUCGAAACACCCACACAAACACACCAGCAAGACAGUGCAUGAAUUAACAGUGUACGUGCAAAGUGUUAGGAAUUAGAGAUGAAGAAAUAAAACAAGAAUACUUUGUGUAAUCGUCUAACGGAUAUGCCAUAUAUAUUUAGAGUAUGUAUAUUUAUUAAAUUAUUUUAUUUUUUAAAAAGUUUAUUUUUAUAAAAUAAAGUUUUUUGAAACUUUUAUACACACCUACACGCUGAGGAUAAGACAUAAAAUACACGCAAAACGUGAGAUAUAUAUUUGCUUGAUUUCAAAAGAAAUAUGAGCAAAGUAUCAACCAGCGGGUAGAAAACAGGAACGAAAACGUACACAAGGCAGAGCAGCUAACAGUAGUUGUUUCGGCGAGCUUUUCAAAACAGCAUUAUAGGUUAGGGUAUUCGUUCUUAGGCGAGACAGUUUUGAGCAGCACCGUUAUUACUGAGAGAAGCACACCGAUCAUGGAUGCAAUAUAGAUAGAGAGAAGUUAUGGAAAUAGAAGGGUUUCUUGUAUUUUGCUCUCUUGAGAAAUAACCAAAAACAGGUUCAAGGCAAUUUUAUCAUCGAUUUCGAUUAGCUGUGUAGCGUCGAGCUAGCAACAAUAGAAAACUUUUAAUCAAUCUUAGAGUUACACAAAAACACACACCACAGAAGCAAUUUGUCGAUUCAGAACAUCACUAGUGUUCUUCUAUAUAUAGUUCACCAAAGGUUUUUACUCGAUACUUUUUGCGGUAGAACAAAACUUGAAACAGGUCUAAUUUUUUAUCGAACCUAGAUUUGAGAAUUUUAAAACAUGGCGUUCGCUUGGAUUGGCGCUAAACGGUUGUAACGAUUUUUCGCACCAGAUGUCACUUCUUUUAGAGCACCCCCGAAUAUAUGCAAUCAUAGCAAAUAAAUAUACAACGAAAUUUCAUUUUUUCAAUAAGUCAAUAGCAGUUUGACAUUUUUCUUCCAAUGGAACGUUAUUCUCUCUCUCUCAAUCUCUGUCUGUCUCAGUCCAUUGUUAUUCAACUGAUGCAUGCACCUGUUUGUUUUGGUGCAUACCAACCCAACACCCUUAGGAUGUAUCAAAUUUCCUGUUUCUACUCUCUAGUGAUCGAUUCGAAAUCAUAUAGAACCAAACUUAAUAAAAACAAGCAUCGCUAUUUAGCUGUCUUUUUUGAGAACAUUGACAUUUGCGAACCUUACCACCAUCUGUACAAAGAAAAAGGUUUGCAAACUCUACUAUAGUCGUAAAAAAAACGAUGAACAGAAACUCUUUCUGAAUAUAAAUCUAACUAGUAUCUUUAAAGCACAUGUAAACAUUUAAAAGAAAGAUAAUGACAGAUUAUAUAUAUUUAGAGUGAAAACGGAAGUCGAAAUGGGUAAGGACAGCGUUGGUAAUAUUCCCUUUGUCGAAUACAAUAGACACAGACAAAAAAACUCAUAUAAAGAAAAAGAAAAAAACUAUAUUUAGUGGAAAACGAAACAACAGAAAAAAAUAUCGAGAGACUGAUACACUAUAUUGCUCAACAAAAGAAGUCCCCGAAAAAUUAUCCCUCUCAUGCCGUUUCGAUUAUCAAUGAUUUUCGCUAAGAAUAAACAUACGAUUAGGUAGCGCAGUGUCCCACACAUUUAGUGCAUACCGCCCUUCAAGCGCUUGACAGCCCACCCCUGCACAGCAAACCAAAAAUCUCCCAAAACCGCUAAACGAUGACCACAUUCCUUUAAGACGCAUGUAAUUCCCGCUAACUCGAUUCAAUGUUUAGAAAUGAAAAGCUCUACACACUGAAACAAAUGUAAAGCUACAACGUUUGAUGAGUUUUAUUCGAGUAAAACAGAAAAAAAAUCUACAUUAAACUCUAAACCACCACUCAAAAUAGGUAUCAGUCUGUAUAGUCUUAAUGAAAUUCCAACCCCCGCGCUCGAUUCGUGGACCAGUAGCCGCGAGCAAGAAUAAUCUUUCAAACAAAAAAAAAACUAUUAAACAGAAAGGAUCUUCAAA